GGAAGGGGCGGGCGCGGCACCGGCCGCACGUGAAGGUCGCGGCGCGGCGGCACCGGGAGGGAGCGGGGGCACUCCGGGAGCGCCAUGGACGCGCCGUCCGCCGGGCUGGGCGGGGCCGACCCCCAGCUCCAGCGCUUCAUCGAGGUGGAGACGCAGAAGCAGCGCUUCCAGCAGCUGGUGCACCAGAUGACCGAGCUGUGCUGGGAGAAGUGCAUGGACAAGCCGGGCCCCAAGCUGGACAGCCGGGCUGAGACGUGCUUCGUCAACUGCGUGGAGCGCUUCAUCGACACGAGCCAGUUCAUCCUGAACCGGCUGGAGCAGACGCAGAAGUCCAAGUCGGCCUUCUCGGAGAGCCUGUCCGACUGAGCCGGACCCAGCCCGCCGGGCCUCGCCCGUGCCCGCUCCUGGUCGCUCCGCUGCCCGAGGGAGCCAGGAGCAGCUCGGGGGAGGGGGGUUAGGAUUUAAUUAAAUGCCAGUCUCGGGGAAGUUGCAGCCAGAUGAGAGCCCACAACAGACACAAGGACGCUCCGGGUUGGGGUGAUGUGCUGCUCCCCGUGCCACCUUUGUGCCGGGACCCCGGUGCCAUGCAGGGAGCGUUUGGAAUGUGCCCCCUCGGCUGAGCAGAGGGCUGCUGACGCUCGUUUUUCGGAUGCUCCCAGCUCUGAAGGGAAGCUCGGCUCUGGGUGAGGCCAGCCCGCGGUCGCUGCCUUAAACAGUGCUGCACAAACCAGCCCUCCUGGGCACAUCCUCGCUGCCCCCGGGCACCAUCGCUGCUGUGCUCUGCAGGCUGGGACAGGCACCCUGGGCAAGAAGAGCAUUUUGGGAACAGUGAUCAUCCCAGGCAGUGCCACUGCUGGAAAAUCCUUCCAGGCUUCCGUAGGUAAAUCAUUCAUAUGGCCAAGUGACCAAUUUUCACACUGCAGCACAACUCUGUCGAUGCUGACUUGCUCCAUUAACUGCUUUCCCUGGGUAAAUGUAAUAAAUAUUAACUGGGUCAAUUUUUAA